AUGGCGGCGUCCGCGAGGCCCGGGGAGAGGGCGACCAGCUUCGCCGUCGCGUGCAGCCUCCUCAGCUGCUUCGUCCGCCAGAACGGCAACGCGAUCGCCGAGCUAGGCCUCAGGAUCCAAGGUGAGCAGCGGAAUCCGGCGCCGUCUGCGGCCAAGUCUGCCCUGUUGAGAUCUGGCUCCUUCUGGAGUACUGGGUGUGGGGGAAGAUUUCGAAAUCUGGGGUUCAGUUUUGAUUCCUGUUGGGGGCGUGCUGUGAGAUCUGGGCGGGGCCUUGGUUUAUUCGGGUUGGAAACCACGUUUUCGGGCUUCGAAUUUCGCACUCCCUUUUCGGGCUUCGAGCAGCAGACGACGCUGGCGACAAUUAACUUGCUCCUCGGAGCGGAGGCCGAGGAGGCCGAGAGGAGGAAGGAGACCAUGGAGCUGUUCCCUCAGAGCACCGGGUUCGGCGUCAAGGAUGCUGCUGCCCCUAGGUGCGUACUACUGCAGUACUGCUACCGCUGCUUCACAUCAUGUAAAUCCUUUUCGAUUUUGGUUUGUGCAACAGUUGUUAGGUACUAG